CCUCCGCAGAGCCUUCGGCCAUUACCGAAUGCGCCGAUGAGCGCGAGGUCUGGCCUCUUUUUCUCUCGAUCAUACGCUGCCGCGGCUUCUCCGACGAGAAAUCCAUGAAUCAAUUGAUGAAAUUUGCUGUAUUUGGUCCUCAGAAGACUUCUUCAUGUUCUUCUCUGGGAGCCGUCUCUUUGUUCCACUCUACUUCCGUCUGCGAGCGAAAGAGGAGGACACGAUGGGAUUCCGCAUUCGGCAACUUUAGUUCAAGGAGAUUCAAUAACUAUUCAAAGAGAAUGAGAAAGAUGGAAUCAAAAAGAACAUUGUUAUGUAAUAUAUCCAAUUAUGCAGAGCACCUUUUUCAGAGCUGGAGAGAUGAUCAAUAUAAUUGGUUCCAAAAACAAUAUGGGUCUAAGGGAGCGAACAAGGAUGGUUCUGCUGCUUUUAGGUGGGGAACCUACAGGAACAAAAGGAAAGGAGGCAUUGAAUUUUGCACUAGUGAUGAUGAUGAUGAUGCUGAGACCAUAUUCCGCUCAGCAUUUGGAGGCGAGGGGUUCUUCCAUUGGUCUUUCACCAACACUGAGAAUUUUAGUCGGAGAAAUUCGUCCAACAGUGGUAAUUGGAGAUUCUCAUGGGAAUGGAGUUAUCAAACAGAUGAUGAGAAUGAAACAGAUGGUGAAAUUAGCACUCAAGUUCCAGAGUUAGCUUCUGAGCGACGAGUUCUUGGGUUGAGUCCUUCUGGUCCUCUUAAAAUUGAAGAAGUUAAAAGCGCAUAUCGAGCCUGUGCUCUAAGGUGGCAUCCUGAUCGACACCAAGGUUCUUCUAAGGUAGCAGCAGAGGAGAGAUUCAAGCGUUGCAGCAACGCAUACAAGUUACUGUGUGAUAACUUAACUGCAAGCUAAACUGAAAGCCGGGGAAAUGGGAUAAAAUUUGUUAUCUAGUGAUGUUGUCUCAAUGAUUCAAGUUAAGCGAUGCUAGCUCCAGAGCUCCUAGCAUCAGAGCUCAUCGAGCGACCAUUUGUUAUGUUAAUUUUAUGCGGUUUGGUCCCUUCCAAGAGAUAUGUAUACUUUUAUGAAAUAACAAUAUGGUGAAAUUUCAGUAUUGUUCAAUACAUCAACAAAAGAAAGGCAGUACCGAAGCCUUUGAAUCUUUUUUUCUGUAACUGAUAUCAUUCUAUGAGACAAGCUCCAGACAUUAUUUA